ACGUGCGCAGUUCUCGGCACGCUUCCUCAUAUAUACCCCGGCCAGCCUCCACGAGACCGAUAGAUUCACAGACAGAUAGAUACUCGGGCAACGAACCAACAACACUGCCGAGGUAGCUCGCCAGUUGCUUCAAUUCAGUUCGUUCAACCGGCCGCGGGCUAUGGGGCGGCACGCGGGCACUGGCGGCGUGCAGCAGAAGCUGCGCAAGGGGCUGUGGUCUCCCGAGGAGGACGAGAAGCUCUACAAUCACAUCAUCCGUUACGGCGUCGGGUGCUGGAGCUCUGUGCCCAAGCUCGCUGGCCUGCAGAGGUGCGGCAAGAGCUGCCGGCUGCGGUGGAUCAACUACCUGCGCCCCGACCUGAAGCGGGGCAGCUUCUCGCAGCAGGAAGAGGACGCCAUUGUCGGCCUGCAUGAGAUCCUAGGAAACAGGUGGUCGCAGAUUGCAUCUCACCUGCCGGGCCGGACGGACAACGAGAUCAAGAACUUCUGGAACAGCUGCCUCAAGAAGAAGCUGCGACAGCGCGGCAUCGACCCGAGCACCCACAAACCCAUCUCCAGCGCGGCUGCGGCCGUGGAAACGGACCAGGCGCCGAAAGAUCAGAAGCCACAGACCGCCGUCGAGGGUUUCAGUACCCUAAAGCAGCAGCAGGUGUUCGACCCAUUCCCGGUCACCGACACCUUCAACGGCGGCUUCGACGGGGUCGGUAUGACAUUGUAUGACAACCUCGGUGGCAAGGACGCGUCCGGGUUCGUGGACUACAGCAGCGUGCUGGACGUGUCGGAGAACCUGGGCUACGGCGAGAGCUCCAGCAACAGCAGCAACUGGAACUGCGCGCCGGAGGUGAACAAUGUGCUCGAGGGGCAUUGGGCCUCUGAGAGCAAGGCGGAGCCUUUCGCCGGCUACGGCGGCGGCGAGCAGGAUGAGGCGCUUGAGCACAAGUUCGUGCUGCCCUGCCAGGGCGGGCAAGAGCACAGCAUGGCGCAUUUUGACUUCAACCUCGAGUACUUUUGAGGCAUUUCUGAAUUUAGCUAUUAUUACUGUCGUAUAUAUCCUAUUGUUUUUACACACGGGGCAAAGACCAACACCUGGGAGAUUAGAGACUGUAUUUUGUUAAUUUUCUCUAGUCCUUACUCCUUUAACACGCUUUUCUUUUUCUGUGUAUGGUUUUUGUAUGGCUAAAAUAAGAAAAAAGGUAUAGGAAUGUGAACAUUGUGUAGUUUUACUACUCCGUAUGAGAUUUGUAAGAAUAAGUCUCUUACUCUUUUGCUCAGUAAGUUGCUACCACAUGGAA